AUGCUUCUGCGGGACUUUAUUGAAGACAGUCUUUAUAACCCUAACUACGGCUACUUCUCGAAGCAGGUCGUUAUCUUCUCCCCGGGCGACCCUUUUGACUUCAACUCCAUGUCCACCGAGGACGAGUUCUUCCAGCAACUACGGCAACGCUAUAUCUCUUUCGAAGAUUCGCUCGACUACCAAGAACCGAAUGAGCUCCGCCAGCUAUGGCAUACCCCUACCGAGCUCUUCUCGCCCUACUAUGGCGAAGCGAUUGCGCGGUACUUGGUGGAGGACUACAAGUACAAUGCCUACCCAUAUCACGAUUUGAAUAUUUAUGAAAUGGGUGCCGGUAAUGGUACUAUGAUGUUGAAUAUCUUGGACUACAUAAGAGACGUGCAUCCCGAGGUUUAUGAGCGGACAAAGUUCAAGAUCAUUGAAAUCUCUAGCCAGCUUGCGCAUCUGCAGCAGCAAGGGCUGGGCCAGUCGGCGUACGCAAGAGGGCACUCGGACAAGGUUGAGAUUGUCAAUCGCUCGAUAUUCGACUGGGACAUAUACGUGUCUUCGCCAUGUUACUUCCUUGCGCUGGAAGUCUUCGAUAACUUUGCGCACGACGCCCUCAAGUACGACUUCGAAACCGGCGCACCCUACCAGUCGCACGUCGUCGUCGAUCCUCGCGGCGAGCUCUUCGAAUACUACUCCCGAUCCCUUGACCCUGUCGCAAAGCAAUUUCUCGAACGCCGGCAUGCGGCUUGCAAGACAUACCCACAUCCGCUACAAGGCUCGCGAAUCAUGCAGAAUUUGAAAAGUCUGGUCCCAUGGAAGGGCACGCUCAGUCAACCAGAGUACAUACCCACACGACUGAUGCAGUUCUUCUACACGCUCUAUGAGAAGUUCCCGAAUCAUAAGUUGGUCAGCAGUGACUUCCACAAGCUGAGCGAUGCGGUGGAGGGGUUGAAUGCGCCUGUGGUCCAGACGAGGUAUAGGAGGCAGAUGAUUCCUGUCACAACGCCUCUCGUCCACCAAGGCUAUUUCGACAUCCUCUUCCCCACUGACUUCGAGGUCAUGGAGCCCAUGUACACCGCAAUCACCGGUCGUUUUGCACGUACCUACCUACACGAAGACUUCAUGGCGGGCAGAGCAGAUAUUGCAGAAACGAGCACGAAGAACGGGGACAAUCCGCUUCUGAGCUGGUACAAGAACGCCAGUGUCAUGAUCACCGUUUAG